GACCAGUUCUGCUCGUCGGGCAAAAGGGCAAAGGGGCAAAGCUGCCCUGCCUCCCGGCUGGGCAGGACGAACCAACAGGGUGCAACCAAGGCCACAAAUCUGGGCGCCAUCGGCGCGAACCCAGUCGGCGGCCAGGCGCCAUGUGGCUCACAGUGGUGCUGCUGCUGCUGCUGCUGCUGGCCCUCCUCAGCAAGGUGUACCUGGGGCUGUUCUCAGGCAGCUCCCCGAGUCCCUUUGCCGAGGACGCCAGACGGCCACCCGCGCCCCUGGUGACCGACAAGGAGGCCCGGAAGAAGGUUCUGAAACAAGCUUUCUCAGCCAGCCGAGUGCCAGAGAAGCUGGAUGUGGUGGUGAUUGGCAGUGGCAUUGGGGGCCUGGCUGCAGCCGCGAUUCUGGCCAAAGCUGGCAAACGAGUUCUGGUGCUGGAACAGCAUACCAAGGCAGGAGGCUGUUGUCAUACCUUUGGAAAGGAUGGCCUUGAAUUUGACACAGGAAUCCAUUAUAUUGGGAGGAUGCAGGAAGGCAGCUUUGACCGUUUUAUCUUGGACCAGAUCACUGAGGGGCAGCUGGACUGGGCUGCCUUGUCCUCUCCCUUUGACAUCAUGGUGCUAGAAGGGCCCAGUGGCCGAAAGGAGUUCCCCAUGUACAGUGGGAAGAAAGCCUACACUCAGGGUCUCAAGGAGAAGUUUCCCCAGGAAGAAGCUGCCAUUGACAAGUAUAUAAAGCUGGUUAAGCUGGUGUCCAGGGGAGCCUUUCAUUACAUCUUAUUGAAGACCCUCCCACUGCCUGUGGCUCAGCUCCUCAACAAGUGUGGGCUCCUCACCAGGUUCUCUCCGUUCCUUCGUGCGUCCACCCAGAGCCUGGCCGAGGCCCUGCGGCAGCUGCCCGCCUCCCGGGAGCUCCAGGCGGUGCUCAGUUACAUCUACCCCACAUAUGGCGUGACCCCCAGCCACACCACCUUUUCCAUGCAUGCGCUGCUGGUUAACCACUACAUGGAAGGGGCCUUUUAUCCUCGAGGGGGUUCUAGUGAAAUCGCCUUUCACACCAUCCCUGUGAUUCAGCGGGCCGGGGGUGCUGUCCUGACGAAGGCGUCUGUGCAGAGCGUGUUGCUGGACUCAGCUGGGAAAGCCUGUGGUGUCAGUGUGAAGAAGGGUCAGGAGCUGGUGAACAUCCAUUGCCCCAUCGUGAUCUCUGACGCAGGCCUGUUCAAUACCUAUAAGAACUUAUUGCCAGAGACCGCCCGCUGUCUGCCGGGUGUGAAGCAGCAGCUGGGGAUGGUGCGGCCUGGCUUGGGCGUGUUCUCUGUCUUCAUCUGCCUACGAGGCACCAAGAAGGACCUGGGGCUGCAGUCCACCAACUACUAUGUUUAUUUCGACACAGACAUGGACAAGGCGAUGGAGCACUACCUGUCUAUGCCCAGGGAAAAGGCUUCGGCACACAUGCCCUUUCUCUUCAUCGCCUCCUCCUCGGCUAAGGACCCGACUUGGGAAGACCGAUUCCCAGGCCGAUCCACAAUGAUAGUGCUGGUGCCCACCCCCUAUGAAUGGUUUGAGGAGUGGCGGGAGGAACCAAAGGGAAAGCGGAGCAGCGACUAUGAGACCCUCAAAACCUCCUUUGCUGAAGCCUCUCUGUCGGUUGUCCUGACACUGUUCCCACAGCUGGAGGGAAAGGUGGACAGUGUGACUGGAGGAUCCCCGCUGACCAGUCAGUUCUACCUGGGUGCUUUCCAGGGUGCCUGCUAUGGGGCUGACCACGAUCUGGGCCGCCUGCAUCCUCAUGUGAUAGCCUCCAUCAGGGCCCAAAGCCCCAUCCCCAACCUCUACCUGACAGGCCAGGAUCUCUUCACCUGCGGGCUGAUGGGGGCUAUGCACGGGGCCCUUCUGUGUAGCAGCACUAUCCUGAAGCGGAACUUGUACUUAGACCUUAAGAAGCUUGGUUCAAGGGUCCGGGCACAGAAGAAGAAGAAUUAGUUCAGUCAGGGAUGUGCCAGAGGAAUUUGGCCAGGGCUGUGGCACAGCCCCUGACUUAGCCGUAUGUCCUUCAGCAUUAGUUUCUGCUCAAAUGAGCACUCUCAUUCGUUUUUGACUUCUGAAUGGAGAUCUGACCCACAGGCCUUGCACAGAUCAGUUCUUUAACUGAUACUUUUCCAACUGGGGCAGGGGGUGAGCUUUCACACCUUUUAACAUACUAGCUACUAAAUUGCCCAGUAUGGGCUGAUUUGGAUGGCCUUAAUGUCUCACCAGCAGCGCUCUGUACCCCAUACCCAUACCUCCUAACUCAGAACAAGCAAACUUAAUAUUCUUGAAAGUGUUGGUCCAGCUGUCCCAAGGCUUCUCCUCUCAUCACUCAAAGUGCCGUGCUGCAGUCUACAAGGUUAAGGAAAAAGGGUGCCUGAAGUUAAAGGGUGCCUAGUGAGGUUCUAGUCAAAACCCAGGCAUG